CCACACUGAACACUGCGGUCGUCGUAGUGGCUUCUGUUUGCAGAGCUCACGGUCAGUAAGAUUAAUGUAGGGUUUGCCCAAGAGGAAAGUCUCAUCACUUCCCAGCAGCUGCUCGGUCACUCUGUUAGACUGUAGCUCGAGCACGCUACCGACGAUGGCCCUGUGGCUGAGAUCGAGUCUCGUAAUGCUGCUCCUGAAGCAGCAAAUGCUGUUGCCGGUGACGUCCGCCUUAAACAGCCACCCGCUAGAGCAGGGGAAGUGUCAGAUGAGCUACAUGGGACUGCCGGGGAUACCGGGAAACCCUGGGAUCCCAGGGAACCCAGGGAACCUGGGCCCAGUCGGCCCGACUGGGAGGGACGGGCGCGAAGGGAACCAGGGCCCGCCUGGCAAGAACGGCGAGAGAGGAGACCGGGGGGAUCAUGGCGUGAAAGGGGACAAAGGGAGCGCAGGAGAGGCCGGGUUGCCUGGAAAGAUCGGGCCGAUGGGUCCCGCUGGAGAGAGAGGGGAUCGUGGACUUCAGGGUGAAAAGGGAGACAAAGGAGAAGUCCCGGCUGCCAUCCCCAGAUCCGCAUUCACUGUGGGUCUGUCUGUAUCGAACCCUCCCAGCGGAUCUCCCGUCAGAUUCAGCAAGGUCAUGUACAAUGAGCAGAAUCAUUACGACACGCUCACCGGCAGGUUCACUUGCCAUUUCCCGGGCAUCUAUUACUUUGCUUACCAUAUCACCGGAGCAUCUGGCACCACCCAGGUCUCCUUGAGACACAAUGGACAAGCAGUUCAGAAUACAUAUUCCUCAACCAGCAGCGUUUACAGCAUGUCCGGCGCCUCAGUGCUGCGUUUGAGAAAGGGCGAUGAAGUGUGGGUGCAGACCGAAGGCGCUAACAUCAAGGCUUACACAGACGUUACCACUGACAGCACUUUCUCUGGUUUCCUGAUGUACCCUGGCCUACCUUAACGGUUGCAUUCAAUUACUCGAUUAGCUCUACUGGAAGUCUGACGCUUAACAUGUAAGGUACGUGAUGCAAAAAGCACACAAACAGCACGUGAACAUACGUACACUAUUAGACAGUACAUGAGCCAACCCAUACCGGAUCGUUUUUCAUGGUUACGCUGCAUAGAACUCCGAUGUGUUUUUGGUUGUACCGCGUCUUGUUCAGCAUGACGUCUGACGUUUUGGUCCAAGUGCUGGUAGCUUCUUGAGGAAGCUUCUAUCUGGUAGGCAAAUAAAAGCUGUCAGCACGCACAAUUUACCCUGGCCGUGCAUAUUUUAAGUGUUUUAAUCUGGAUAUUCACUUUUGCUAUCAAGUACCAGCGAAAACUGCCAUUAGCCACUAGUUAAAGACCCAAAGAAUGUGCUUGCUGGUCAUCACAAGUGGAUUCCCUUGCCGUCCAGCCUCUCUACAGAGGCUGCUGAAUCCACAAGCUGCCAGCAUCAGUCCUUCACGUUUGGCAAUAACCAUAUUUUAUUAUGCCUCUCCAUUCUAGUCCGUCUUCAACUCCAUCCGUCAUCCUUUCUUAGUCGUCCCCUGCCUCGGUUUCCUUCCUCCACCAGCGUUGCUUUUGCUGGAUGCCUGUUUGGUGGCAUGAUCAAUCCAUAGCAGUCUGCUUUUUAGCAAGACUGUCAACACAAAUAUACACACUAACUGUGAUCAUGUAUCGUCAAGGAGCAUACACCAGCACGCAAAUUCCGGUCAUCCUCACAGUGGCGGCUUUUGGCUGGCCAUCGAAUAAAGAUGGCCACUGCUUUGCGCGCUUUCAGAUGAGUUCCUUUGCAAUCUGGAACGCUCUUCCUUCCGAUAUUAGGAAGCCACUUUUAAAUCUAGAUGAAGUACUAAUUUUUAGUAUUGCGUUUUGUGUUUAGUUUGUUGCCCCCCCCGCACCUCCGAUUAACACGGUUGGCGACGUACGGUGCGAAAUAAGUUCAACAUACAUACAUAUAAACACAUGUAUGCCAUUUUCAAUGCAACACGCAGGCAUUUUUAUUAAAUAAUUGUAGGGCUUUUUGUAUAUUGCACCAUGCAAUACUCAAACGGUGAUAUUAUUUUUUGUGGCAGUAUAUAUACGUGUUAGUACAAGUAUAAAAAUGCACAUUAACUCACAAUUGCAAACCAGUAGCCAAAUGCAUAAAAAUAUAUUAUUCAACAUAACACAAUUGAUGAUAAGUACACAAUUUGCGGUGACUUUAUACAAACCAGAUUUGAAAAUGUUAUCAAAUUGGAUAUGUACUCCUUUGAUAGGGUAUGUUAUAUGGUGAAAGAUAAUAUUUUUUUAAAUCUUUGUAUUUAAAAAAAAAAUCUGAUGAUUUAAAAGGAAUUUGAACUGUACUUUCUUUAUUAAUUUAAAAUAAUACAUUUGAAAUGUAAUUUUCGGUGUUUGAGAGCAAUGCUGCAGAGUAUGUGUCGAGAAUGAUUUAACAUAAUCAACAA